AUGGCGAAACUUUUAUCAAACAGAUUAUAUGCACAGGAACAUGUGAAGGAUAAAGCAACGGCGCUCGCUGACGGGCAUGGACGAGAAACUGCUGUAUCUGUUAGGAGAACACAAGAACAAGAAGGGAGGAUCCAUACAACUUCAGCACACUCCACAGUCUCAAGUUCAAGAGCAGCCUCCAAGCACUGGACUGGUGAACGGGUGUUGAGUGUAGUUCUGUUAGGUAUGGCUCCAGCUGCACACCUGUGUCCCGCUCCGCUGCUGGAUUACUCUAUAGCUGCAGCUCUCACACUGCAUGGACACUGGGCGAUUGGUCAAGUUCUAACAGACUAUGUCCACGGUGAUGCUAAGGUCAAGCUGGCUAAAGCUGGUGUCUUGUUGCUCUCCACAGCCACAUACUUUGGUCUCUGCUAUUUCAAUUAUCAUGAUGUUGGUCUCUGCAAGGCAGUCGCCAUGCUCUGGCAAAUAUGAUUAUACAAUAUGGCCAGAAUUACAGUGACUGGUUUGAAGGAUUAAUCACCAUUUUAGGUACUUGAGGUAUUUUUUAAAGGUACUGAUCUUCAGCUUAACAGAUGACAACACACCAUCUCCUAACAUAUGUUACAUGUUUGAAUAAUAUUGGUCAAAGUGGUAUGUCACACAAAAUUUUGAAUUGCUGGCUAAAUUGUUCGUUAAUAAAGAUCUUUUUCCUUAUUAGUACUGCAAAUGAGAUCAAGGGAGGUCUCUGUGCAAAACAAUGUUCAGUAGCUAUGUUACUGUUGUAUGUAUUAUUUUAGCAGUAACUGAUAGUGUCCAGCAGAGGUCAGUGUUUUUCAGUAUUAUUGGGAAUGCUUGAUCAUAUUCACAGUGUCUGUGCAGGUCACGUCUGUGUUUACAACAUGCUUUAAAACAAACUCAUUUACUUGAAUACACUUGCGUAUUUGUUUUAU